UAGAAAAAAGUGCUGAUUAAUGAAUGUGAUGGAGAAAGAAGGUGUGAUGAGGCUUAUUAUGGUGUGUUUGAUCAUGGUGAAGCUCAUUUAUGCAAAUUUGGAAGGUGAUGCUUUGCAUAGUUUGAGGACUAAUUUAGAUGACCCGAAUAGUGUGCUCCAGAGUUGGGAUCCGACCCUUGUGAACCCUUGCACUUGGUUUCAUGUCACAUGUAACAAUGAUAAUAGUGUUAUUCGUGUUGAUCUAGGAAAUGCAGCUCUUUCUGGUACACUGGUCCCACAGAUUGGCCUGCUGAAGAAUUUGCAAUACUUAGAGUUGUACAGCAAUAACAUAACUGGACCGAUCCCUAACGAUCUUGGAAAUUUGACAAACUUAGUUAGCUUAGAUCUUUACCUCAACAGUUUCUCUGGACCCAUUCCAGUGACAUUGGGGAGGCUAUCCAAGUUGCGAUUCCUCCGACUUAACAAUAAUAGUUUGACUGGCCCGAUCCCUAUGCAAUUGACUAACAUCACGUCAUUGCAAGUGCUGGAUCUAUCAAAUAACCGUCUCUCAGGAUCAGUUCCUGAUAAUGGCUCUUUCUCACUAUUUACACCCAUCAGUUUUGCCAACAACCUAGAUCUUUGUGGCCCUGUUACGGGACACCCCUGCCCCGGAUCUCCUCCAUUCUCUCCACCUCCACCAUUUGUGCAACCCCCACCGAUUGCUUUGCCAGGUGGAAACAGCGAAACUGGAGCCAUAGCUGGAGGGGUAGCUGCUGGGGCUGCUCUACUCUUUGCUGCUCCCGCCCUUGCAUUUGCAUGGUGGCGGCGUCGAAAACCCCAGGAAUUUUUCUUUGAUGUACCUGCUGAAGAAGAUCCUGAAGUUCAUUUGGGACAACUAAAACGGUUUUCUUUGAGGGAGUUGCAAGUUGCAACAGAUAGUUUUAGCAAUAAAAACAUACUGGGUAGAGGUGGAUUUGGGAAGGUAUACAAGGGACGUCUAGCAGAUGGCUCGCUUGUUGCUGUGAAACGAUUAAAAGAAGAGCGCACUCCUGGUGGGGAGCUCCAGUUUCAAACAGAAGUUGAGAUGAUUAGCAUGGCAGUGCAUAGAAAUCUUCUGCGGUUAAGGGGCUUUUGUAUGACACCAACUGAACGGUUGCUUGUAUAUCCCUACAUGGCCAAUGGAAGUGUAGCCUCUUGUUUGAGAGAGCGGCCACCGAAUGAGCCACCUUUGGAUUGGCCAACCCGAAAACGAAUUGCUUUAGGAUCAGCCCGAGGUCUUUCUUAUUUGCACGAUCAUUGUGACCCGAAAAUCAUUCAUCGUGAUGUUAAAGCUGCAAAUAUUCUAUUGGAUGAGGAGUUUGAGGCCGUUGUUGGUGAUUUUGGGUUGGCCAAGUUAAUGGAUUACAAAGAUACACAUGUUACUACCGCUGUACGUGGCACAAUCGGCCAUAUUGCUCCCGAGUACCUGUCCACCGGAAAAUCAUCUGAAAAAACUGAUGUUUUUGGGUAUGGAAUUAUGCUCUUGGAAUUAAUUACGGGUCAAAGGGCGUUCGAUCUUGCUCGACUUGCUAAUGAUGAUGAUGUGAUGUUACUUGAUUGGGUGAAAGGGCUUUUAAAAGAGCGGAGAGUGGAAAUGCUUGUGGAUCCUGAUCUAGAAGCCAAUUACAUAGAUUCGGAAGUUGAGCAACUGAUUCAGGUUGCAUUACUGUGCACACAAGGCUCGCCAAUGGACCGUCCCAAAAUGUCAGAUGUGGUGAGGAUGCUAGAAGGUGACGGGUUGGCUGAAAGAUGGGAUGAGUGGCAGAAAGUUGAAGUGCUCCGGCAGGAAAUGGAUCUUGCACCACAUCCCAAUUCUGAUUGGAUACUUGAUUCUACUGAGAAUUUGCAUGCCGUUGAGUUAUCUGGUCCAAGGUAAAUCCAAAGUUAGUUAUUUGAUACUAGUUUAUGCCUUUAUGGUGGUUAAGUUUGUGUAUAUUUGAGUUGUAUUCUGGUGGCCACCAUAACGCUUAUGGAUCAUAUCUUGGAUUCACGGAUAUAGUUAUGUCGAUAAACAUUGACUAGAAUGGGUUCGGGGAGAUUCUUAGGCCUAGUAUUUGGUCACUUUAUAUUUUUGUUGCGGGAGAAAGAUUUCCGCGCGUAGGCUUUCAAAUCAAAUUCAUAUUGUUGGUAU